UAUUGCAAAAAGUAUCCAAAUAAUCAUAGAGGGAUAGUCUGUAGUUAUAAAUAUUUGACCAACCUCCAGGGAUGGAGUUUCACACCCUGCUCUGAACAUCUCUGAGGCCAGCUGUCAAGCUUCUUGCACAGGUGCCAGAAUUGUUUCCCUACGAUUUGAACAGUCAUCGUGGGGAGCAUUUAUACUUCAGUUCCUGUAAACCUGACUGAACACAGACAAAAUGGAUCACCAUGAAGUUACCUCGGAGGCUGAUAAAAUCCACCAAAAUCGUCUCUCAAAUGUCACAGAAGAUGAAGAGCAAGAUGCUGCAUAUACAAUUGUGACAGUCCUAGAUAAAGUGGCCAACAUUGUACACAGUGUACAGGAGAGCCAGAAAAGAAUAGAAGAGCGACACAGAGAAAUGGAGAAUGCUAUCAAGACCAUACAGAUUGAUAUUUUAAAGCUUGCCCAAACUCAUGGCAAUACAGGCUACACUGUUAAGAAGUUGCUUGAGAAAACCUGCAAAGUUAGUUCCCAUGUUAAAGAAGUGAGGGCACGUGUGGAAAAGCAGAGUGCUAAUGUGCGAAAGGUUGAAGCAAAACAAGAAGAGAUGCUGAGAAAAAACAAAUUUCGGGUUGUAAUAUACCAGGAGGAAACAGAAUGCCCAUCUUCGCUGUCUGUUAUCAAAGACAGGACAAAAGGUGAAAACCUGGAGGAGCAAUUCUUUCCACCUGAUGACCUCUCUUCUGAUGAAGAAUAUUAUAUAGAUGAAAGCAGAGCAUCCCAAUUUAAAAAAUCAGGCAUUAGACGCAUAGAUAAUAUCAAAAAGGCAUUUUCAAGGGAAAAUAUCCAGAAGACCAGACAAAAUUUUGGCAGGAAGGUGAACAGGCUUCGAACUAGAAUAGUAACACCAGAGAGGCGAGAGAGAAUGAGGCAGUCAGGAGAGAGGCUGAAACAAUCUGGGAUAAGGCUCAAGAAAACUAUUUCAAAAGCAGCUCCAACAAAGGAGACAUUCAAGCUCAAUAAGAAAGAUAAAGAGCGAACAGUUGCUGAAGGGCAAGAAGGAAUCCAGGAAGCUGGUGUGCAUGCAGUUUCAGCAAGUGGGACAGAAGAACCAGUUACAGAAGAGAUUUCCUACACAGAAGUGAUUACUAAAGUAAAGAAAGACAAAGGCAGUGGAACAAAAGGCACGUCCCAGCCAUCAGAGAAAGUUGUGCUCACCCCUGAAAAAAUCGUUGUUAAACAGGAAGCAACAGAAGAAGGAGGUGAUAACGUGCUUCUGUUGGACCUUAAGCAACCAGCAUAA